GGAUAGAUUAUCUGUCUAUCAUGAUCAUUCAACUUCGUGUGUGAGCUUUGUUUUUUUUUUCUUUUAUUCCCCCCAAAUGAUAAUGGUUUGAUGUGCGAUAGUGUUAAGAUGGAUGCUAACUCUUUAAUUAUACUCUUCCUCCUCCUGGCUUGGGUCGGUCGGACACAGGCGGGCACCUGUUGGUUGUCGAUGACAAAACAGAAGAUGUGUUUCGGGGCCUUCAAUCUGAACGUGACGAAAGAAGAAUGCUGUAAGAAUCCCUCUCCGUACGUGAGCUGGACCCCUCAGACUUUCACUUCCACCGGAGAUCUCUUCUACUGGCAGGAGCUGAUAGGGGGCGCUCCGCACUGCGAACUUUGUCACGAUACUUGUGAAGGUGUCAAAUGCCCAAGAGGAAAACAUUGUCGAAUAAAGAAAGGAGUUCCUAAAUGUGCCUGUCUAAUAAAAUGUACCCAGGGACAGAGAAGGUCCAGGAAAAUCUGCGGAACGGACGGAAGGACCUACAACAAUGAAUGUCAGCUACGGAGGCGGAACUGUAAGCGGGAGACGUCAGUAUCUGUGGCCUACAGAGGUGUUUGUAGACAAUCAUGCAAAAAGGUAAGAUGUUUGGAUUGGAAACGUUGUUUAGAGGAUCAGAAUGGAUUGCCACAUUGUGUUCAUUGCCAGAUAAGCUGCCCCAAUAAUGAUGACGUCAGAGUUUUAUGCGGAGAAGAUGGCGUGACGUAUCGAAAUCCGUGUGAGUUAAGGGCGGCAGUUUGCAGACGACAUAGGUCAAUUAGAAUCGCCUAUUAUGGCAAAUGUCGAGCUAACGCUACUUGUUUGGACACUGGGUGUUCGGAAGGAAUGUCCUGUCUAAUAAAUCCCGUUAAUCACCAGCCUCUGUGUGCCUUGUGCAGAUCACGCACCUGUUCCCCGAUGUCACGGUACAAGGUCUGUGGGACGGACGGCGUGGAUUAUAAGAACUAUUGUCACCUGAUGCAGGCGUCCUGCAAAAUGGGCAUAGCUAUAGAUACUCGCCACAGCGGUUCGUGCGACAGAUCUUCGUGGAGAAGAAAACAGAAGCACAAAAAGAGACGGCGGAGAAAAAAGAAAAUUAGAGGGAGAAAAAGAACGCGAUAUGUUGAUGCUGUUCUUAGAAGCUCUGAUGGAAUAAGAAUCAAAUUAAGAUUAAAACCGAUGCAUUCCAAGGACGAUAGCGGUGUGUCACUUCCGUUGACUCUAGAACAUUUAUUUUCUCAGAAACAUACCAAAGAAAACGGCUGAGUCGCCGCCAUUAUGGAGGGAAACCUGCCAUAGUGCCAGACUAAGACAGUGCUAGCCACGUGAAUAGCGGGAGCAUGCGCGACAAAUC